GUAAUCUCCAGUUCUCUGACAUUCACUCAGGAUUUUGAGGACUUUUGUUUUAAGGAUGAAGGUGGUAUUUUUUUUCAUGAUCAUUUUUACAAGCCAACUCUUCACAUCUCAGGGGCAAGCCUGUCGGAGUGGACCGGAGGUGCUGAACGCUAUUCGGCAGGUGCAGAAGCUCCUCUCGGCCCACGAGACAUCCUUUCUACAGAGUCUGCGGAGCCUCCGCAAGAAACUGGGCCUGUUGCAGAACAGCACAGUCAAACACAGCAGCACAGUCUCGGCCUGCCCUCCUCCUGAACCGCUGGCUAACGGCCGGGUCCUCGGGAGUGUGUUUGAGUCGGGACAUGAGGUCCACUUCGUGUGCAGCCCUGGCUUUGAGCGGACGGGGCCGGAGACUAGAGUCUGCCUGGAGUCCCGGAGCUGGAGCGGAGCAAAGCCGUCCUGCAGGGGUAUGACUACUGCACACACACUUUACCUGUCAUUUACACUCACACUCCACUCUGACAUCACGUGUUGUGUUUGUGUGGUCUCAGUUGUGGACAGCCCUGUAGACGCCGCUGUAUCCGCUGCUCUAUCAGCGUCUGUGAGGCCGUCGCGCUGCAUCCAGUUCCUGGACUCCAGUCACUGCAGCUGCGAGCCGGGGUUCAGCAUCUCCAGCCACAACACCACGCUGUGCACAGACAUUGACGAAUGCGAGCUCUUCCGCCUAACUCCACCUGGCCGUCUGUGUCUGCACACCUGUGUGAAUACAGCUGGAAGUUUCCGGUGCCAGUGUCCCGCCGGAUACCGCCUGGGCCGCGAUAGCAGGAGCUGCCAUGACAUUGACGAGUGUGUGAGGGCGAGGCAUAACUGCAGCAGCGAGCAGGUGUGUGUGAACACAUACGGAGGUCAUCGCUGUGAGCCGGUGGACUGUCCUCGCUUCCACAACGCCACAUACAUCAAAACCUCACCGCUGCGUUGUGACCGUAACCCGUGUGUCCAAGGAGACGCCUCCUGUCUGCAGGCCCCGGUCUCCAUUAACUUCCACUUCAUGGCGGUGGUGUCCAACAUGUCGGCGCCCACCGUGCUCUUCCGCCUGUCUGCGGCCCGUGUCCUAGGCGACGCGCUGCGCUUCGGCCUGCUGGGGAAGCCGGGAGUUCAGCACUUCAGCGUCCAGCGCGCCGGCAGGCAGACGGGGCAGCUGGUGCUGGUGAAGCCCGUCCAGGGUCCCGCCACGCUAGAGGUCGACAUCCAGAUGAGCGAAAUGGAAAGAAACGUGCUGCUGGGGCGAUACGUCACGAAAGUCACUCUCUUUGUGUCACCAUACAGCUUCUGAGACGCAGAGGACAGCGCUGUGGAAUCAUUCACAGGCGAGAUACUGGGAACUGACCCUGCCGAGGAGAGAUAGAGGCACUAUUAUACUAUCCCUGAGGUGCCAAUUUACCAGGACAAAAGAAAACUUACGAAUGGUCGGAGUAAUUUAAGCCCUCAGAAUAGGAAACAAAAACCUUCCAUUUGGACAGAAAUAUUUAUGCAGUGUUGAAGUUAAUUAGACAAUGACAUGUCAUUUUGAAAUGUGGAAAAAUUACU